ACCUGGAGUCCCCGGCGGCGGUGGAGUUGGAGCAGUUAGUGCCCGUGGGGCUGUAGCGUCUUCUUGUCGUCUCUCUUGAAGCGCAGGGCUUCUCCCGGUGGCGCUGUGGGUUCGGAGGGUCGGCCGCCAAGCACAGGUUUCCUAAAAGAAAAAUGGAGGAAUCAGUCAACCAAAUGCAACCACUGAAUGAGAAACAGAUAACCAAUUCUGAAGAUGGAUAUGUAUGGCAAGUUACUGAUAUGAAUCGACUACACCGGUUCUUAUGUUUUGGUUCUGAAGGUGGGACUUACUAUAUCAAAGAACAGAAGUUGGGCCUUGAAAAUGCUGAAGCUUUAAUUAGACUGAUUGAAGAUGGAAGAGGAUGUGAAGUGAUCCAGGAGAUAAAGUCCUUUAGUCAAGAAGGCAGAACCGCAAAGCAAGAGCCUAUGCUCUUUGCACUUGCCAUUUGUUCUCAGUGUUCCGACAUAAGCACAAAACAAGCAGCAUUUAAAGCUGUUUCUGAAGUUUGUCGCAUUCCUACACACCUCUUUACUUUUAUCCAGUUUAAGAAAGAUCUGAAGGAAAGCAUGAAAUGUGGCAUGUGGGGUCGUGCCCUCCGGAAGGCUAUCGCAGACUGGUACAAUGAAAAGGGGGGCAUGGCCCUUGCUCUGGCAGUUACAAAGUAUAAACAAAGAAAUGGCUGGUCUCACAAAGAUCUGUUAAGACUGUCACAUCUUAAACCUUCCAGUGAAGGACUUGCUAUUGUGACCAAAUAUAUUACAAAGGGCUGGAAAGAAGUCCAUGAAUUGUAUAAAGAAAAAGCACUUUCUGUGGAGACUGAAAAAUUAUUAAAGUAUCUGGAGGCUGUAGAAAAAGUUAAACGCACAAAAGAUGAACUGGAAGUCAUUCAUCUAAUAGAAGAGCAUAGAUUAGUUAGGGAACAUCUUCUAACAAAUCAUUUAAAGUCUAAAGAGGUAUGGAAGGCUUUGUUACAAGAAAUGCCUCUUACUGCAUUACUAAGGAAUCUAGGAAAGAUGACGGCUAAUUCAGUGCUUGAACCAGGAAAUUCAGAAGUAGCUUUAGUAUGUGAAAAACUGUGUAAUGAAAAACUGUUAAAAAAGGCUCGUAUACAUCCAUUUCAUGUUUUAAUUGCAUCAGAAACUUAUAAAACAGGUCAUGGACUCAGAGGAAAACUAAAGUGGCGCCCUGAUGAGGAAAUUUUGAAAGCUCUAGAUGCCGCUUUUUACAAAACAUUUAAGACAGUGGAACCAACUGGAAAGCGUUUCUUACUGGCUAUUGACGUUAGUACUUCUAUGAACCAAAGAGUUUUGGGUAGUGUACUCAAUGCUAGCACAGUUGCUGCAACAAUGUGCAUGGUUGUCACACGAACAGAAAAAGAGUGUUAUGUAGUUGCUUUUUCAGAUGAAAUGGUACCAUGUCCAGUGACUACGGAUAUGACAUUACAACAGGUUUUAAUGACCAUGAAUCAGAUCCCAGCAGGUGGAACUGAUUGCUCUCUUCCAAUGAUCUGGGCUCAAAAGACAAACACAGCUGCUGAUGUCUUCAUUGUCUUCACUGAUAAUGAGACUUUUGCUGGAAGUGUCCAUCCUGCUGUUGCUCUUAGAGAGUAUCGAAAGAAAAUGGACAUUCCAGCUAAAUUGAUUGUUUGUGGAAUGACAUCAAAUGGUUUUACCAUUGCAGACCCAGAUGAUAGAGGCAUGUUGGAUAUGUGUGGCUUUGAUACUGGAGCCUUAGAUGUAAUUCGGAAUUUCACAUUAGACGUGAUUUAACCAUAAGCACCAGCAGGGUAUCAGAGGUCCGUUGCCAUCAGUGAUCGUGCUAAAAAUAUGUAGCUACUUCCCAGCUAAUCUUAAUCCAAUGAAAGAUGAUGAUAGUAUAGUAUGUACAUAAUGGAAAAUGUUUACCUUGCCAAAAAAGAAAAGAAAAAAAAAAAAAAGAGUCCAAAGUUCUGUCUACUAAACUAGCUCUUGGGAAAUAGCUUCAGAAUACAGUAUAGCUCCCUCUUUCUAACAGAGAACUCCUUGUUGAUAGACACUAUAAAAUAACCAGUUUUGCUAUGGUGAAUAAUCUCAUUUGUACUUAAGAGAAGUGAGAGCCAAAAGUAAGUAGUUCUAUGUCAUGUAACUUGUUUGAAAAGUGCUUGAAGUUUUCUUAACUGCAUUGGGAAAGGACAGCUGUGACAAUGUCCAAAUACUCUGAAAUGCACUGGACCAUGUAACUGUGAUGGAAUAUCAAAUUCAUCUGUAAAUUUUUAUACCAAGGGGUUUUUAAAAAAAUUGAUUAAAUUAUGAACACAUUUUUACAAAUUCCUUGGAGUUUUCUAAGAUGACAUAAAUAGCAGCUUUCUUACUCAAUGAAAAAGAUACUUUAAAUCUGAUAUUUUAUUUAUACUUGUAGGAUUGUUACAUUAACCAGAAAAAAAAGUGGAAAACCCCUGAGAAAAGAAACUAAAGUUUGUGUCAGCUGAGGAAGUCUGUUUGGUUUGCUUUUUGUUUGUUUUGGUGCAUUUUAUUGCUGUGAGUGGGGGCAUGACUUGACAGUUUGUGCUGAAAUACAACAACAUAGCCAUGUGUAGCCACACUUUUUCUUUUUUUUCACAGUCUUAACAAACGUAAACAACAAACUGUUUUAAGCAUUUAACUCCCCCACUCAUAAAUAUGAAAAGUAUGAUACCAGAUUAGCUUUUUCCUUACUUUAAAUAUUCUAAUUACCUUUAACUAUUUUUUUAGUCAGUUGUAAAUGGGUUUUAGAUAUUUCCUAAUUGUAAACAUGUCAGUGACAUAUCUCUGUCCAUUAUUCAUUUGUGGCAAGACAUUCUUUUUUGAUAUUUUAAAAAAUAAUAAUGCAAGCUAGGUCUUUCACAUUUGAAAGGCAACUUUUGAGUAACAUUACCACUAACCAGUUUGUAAGAACAUUUUUUUUUCUAUUUUACUUGUUGUGUAUAUUAAACUUCCUUUUCAUUACACUAAAGUUCAUUAUUUUCUUGAGCAAAUGUCCUUCUUUCUGGGGAGGUUUAAUAUAUUGAAAUCCCAAUAUUUUUGCUCAUAAUUAUAUUAUGCUUGUUUAACAUAACAUAAAAUUUCAAUUUUUUUGUAUUCUUUUCCUAAUAAUUAAUGAUUUACUGAAGGAUUUAUAAAGCCCUUCUCAUUGUCAUAUGAAAAGUCAAACUAGUAAAUGUAAAUUAUAACCUUCUGUGUGGUUAGGAAUCAGAGGUUUUGUUUUGAGGGCAAAAGAGGACUUGAAUAGCGUUCGAAUUUGUGAAGAUAUUUUCUGUUUCAUAAGAAAUUUGGGCUCUGGAAGUGACAAGAAAAUGCCGCUUUCAAACUCAUUAACAACGCUGGCUCUGCUAUGAGCCAUUCCUUCAAGGCAACUAGUAGCAAUUUGUAAAUGUUAUGAUAUUUACCUGAGAUUUUUUUGUCAACAAGGUAGUAUGUGUACACCACCACCCUUGUACAUUGCUUCUGAUAUCAUUCUGUUUUUUGGCCCUCUGUCAAGCAUUGGAUGUAAGGUAUUAGCUACUUUUGAUAACAUUAAAAUAUGUUUGGGUUGAAUUUAAAGUUUAAAGAGCCUAGUAAAAUCGCGUAAUAGUUUUUUGAAGUUUCUAAGUAAACCCAAGAUCUUAAAAAUUAUAACAUGAUCUAACUUUUUAUUCCUAAUAGAAAUGUUAACUGGAAUAUAGCAUAAAAGUAUAUUUCCUUCAGUUACAUACUUCUCCUAUAGUGCUUUUAGAUGUUCACAAGCCAACCCAUACAUAAGAGAAGUAAGAUUAGAUGUGACCGUUUUGAAGAUUUACAUACAUCUAAUUAAAUGGAUUAGGGUAAGAUUUAAGAAAGAAAAAAAUCUGAAAUUUAAAAGGUGAUUUUUAAUGUAGGUUAGGGACCCAAGGUCUAAAAGAGUAUGGCUUUGGAGUACUGGAUCUACCAGUCUUGGGCUCUUCAUUCCCAUUCCAGAAUUCAUCUCCCCACAGAAUGGGAAGACAUGGACUCACAAGAGUAGGUGGUGAAAUAAAAUUAUUCAAAACUUUUAUCUUUUUAGGUAUUAGGAAAUAAUGUAUCUACAUGAUUGCUUUAGGAGUAGCAAAACAAAUUUGUGAACAUGUAUGCUUUUGUGGUUCAUAGUAAUCCUCAAUUACAAUUAAUAUCUUAACAACCUGUGUUGCUAUAAUAAUAUAGCCCUAUAGAGAAAAUUUUAAAAACUUUACCUCAUUAUGUUGAAGUGAUAAAGAAGUUUUAUUUUCUGAAUUACUUUUAGGAUUAUUACUACAUUAAUAUUUAGGGAGAUAUUGCUUUAAAAACAAUUCUAAGAAAAAUAAACUUUAUUUCCUAGAAAAUAUGUAAAUAUUUUCAGGAUAUAGUUAUAAUUAGUGAAACAAAGCUAAUCUUACACUCUUCCUUAUUUGUUGAAACUUCUUGAAAAUGCAAUUUAUUAACAGUUAACAUAUUAUUUAGUUUAGUCACUGUUUUAUGGAAACAUUAGUGAGGAAAAUACUAGUAAAUGGAAUUUAGUAUUACCCCUCUGGAACCUCUUGCUUUAUCUUACUUUGGGGGAUUGUAGACAACCAGUUUUAACCUUUAAUUUUAUCAUCUUUGAAAUGUAACCUAUCUUGAUGCUGGGAUCUUAGAAGAAUCAAUGAUUUAAUAUCUGUAUAAGUUUAAAUUAGGAGGAGGGCUUGCAAUACAAAUUAGAAUUUUUUUAAUUAGAAACAUUGACGAUACAUGUUUCAAAUGAUAAAAUGUUUUCAAAUAACCAUUCAGUAGGCUCAGUAAUUCAUUAAAACAUUCCUAUUCUGAGUGGGAAAGUAUGGAAGAAAAAUGUUUACAGUGAAGGGGUGAGUAUUUUUGACUAAAGUCACUAUUGUCUGAUCAAGAGAAAGUGACACAUUCCAAGUUUUAACAUCUAUUUGGAUAUACCUAGAAAAACUUAUACUUAUCUAAAUAAAGAAACACUAUUAAUAAGCACUUGAUUAACCUUUUAAAUAACAGGUAAAUCUACAAAUGAUUAUCAUUGUAUCAGAAUUUGCCCUCAUUUUUGGAGAUUUUGCAAAAAAAGAUAUAAAAUUAUUUUGGAAAUUUAAGGCAAAAUUCCUGAAUAAAUUGGAGGAUCUGAGCGUUAAGUGAAAAAAAUUUUAAAAACACAUCUAAACAAUAAUUAAAAAGAAAUCAUUGUGAUCACUUAUUGGACUUACCCUAAUUUAACCUAAAGAUUAUAUACCCACAGAUAAAAAUUUCUUAAAAAGUGGUGCCCUUAGAGUAAGUUAUCAAAAAGGAAAAAUUCUAGACUUAAACAUGCCAUAGGUUUGGGGUGAUUUGUUAAGGCAAUAUCCCCUCUAGAGAAAUAUUCUAUAGCCUCAAUAUAAACAUGCACAGGGAAGAAUUAGGAAAAAAGCUAUGAAUUUAGUUAUAUAUACUGUACAGAUUUUAUUUAGCAUUUCCCUAUUAUUUGCUUCCUAAUCUUCCUUGUUGGAAGGUUAUACCUCAUUUUUUUGUCUUGUUUCUAACCUUACCUCAGUAAUAAAAUGAAUGGCAGGAAAAUCACCCAUAUUCAAAGUUGGGAUGAAUCUCUUUGCAGAUUUCAGAUCAUAUUUUUCAAAUUAAUAAUGGGCAGAUCUCUUCCAACAAUAAUUGGAUUAAUUUUUCUCCCCAAAUCAAAUUAUAUUAUAUACCUUUUGCAUUAAAUGGUUGCAAAAAUUUUAUGGCCUUUAAGUAAGUUUAUUCAGCCUUUGUUUGCAAUUCUAGACCUACUUUGCUCUUAGAAAAAUAAUUAACUGAAUACUCAAAAAAUAGCAUAUCUCAUGUUCAUAUUUCCAUAUAAAAACCACUUUCAAAUCUUUCAUCUACUAAGUACUUAACUGAGCUUAUAUAUACAUCAUUUGUGGUGUACAAGAGCCUGUCAAUAACUUGUAUUCACAUUUAACAUUUUUUAAUUGGUAAGCUUUUUGCUUUUGAAAAAUUAUGAAGUUAAUUUAAAAAUUCUAUGGCAAUAUUUUUUCAUGUAGAAAUCUAAUAUAGAUAGUUAAGCAUAUGUUUGAAUAAAGUUAUAAUAAAUAACACAUUUUCCUAAACUGUGACAGUUUCAAAUUAUAUUGGAAAUUGGUAGAAAUAUAAACUAGAGAAGUUGCAUUGCGAAAUUCUAUUACUGAAACUAAGGUGAUUAUUUUCAAUGAUUAUAAAUCACAUAAAUACAAUGAAAAUACAUAAAAGCUGUUUCUGAGCCUACAGAGAUUUUUCCCUUUGCUUUUUAAUUUAGCACCACCAUGUGUCAUAUUAAUUUUAUGAACACAAGUGAUACUAAAUUUUAAAAUAUAUUUAGACUUCUGUACUUUUAGAAGUUAUCAGAAAACUGAACAAAAGAACUAGUAAGUUAGCUAUAUUUCUGCUGGUUUCACUUAAUGAACACUUGGAUUGUUAAGAGUAGUAAAUAAGGUAAAGCCUUGCUAUUUUAUGUAUCCUUACCACAUAAACUUGAUAGAAUAUUGGAACUUUUGUUUAAAUACUAGUUUUUAUUUGCAGUGUAAACUUUAGAAUCCAUAUACACCCAAAUAAAGUUUAAAUUAUUAAACGACUCAUGAAUUGUAAUCAGAUGUGUUUGUUGCACUAUUAUUUUAAACAUGGACUAUAUAUAAUGUGGUAUGAGUAGAUGACAUUUUUGUAAUGCAUUUGAGUUAUAUUUUCUUCCUUUAUUGCCACCUUCUGAUAAUGAAGAAAUUCUCCAGAGGGAUGAGAUACAUGAAAUCAUCUUUUUUUAAAAGUUCAUUAGGGGAGAGGUGUUACAGUACUAAACUGUCCAUUUGUUUUAUAUAAAGGCUUUGAUAUCUGUAAUUUACCACUUACUGAAUACUUAAAUUACACAGAAUAAUGCCUGCAUAGAAUAAAAUUUAAGUAUGCAAGAGCCUUAAAGUGAAAAAAAUGAAUCUUCUGACUGCCUUAAAAUAUGACUAGCUCUCCACAGGCAUACUAGUUACUUUCCAUAGGGUCUUGUUCAUUAAGUAAUGCCUUAAUAGUGUUAGUGUUUCUGAAGUACAGAACUCAAAGGGUCUUACAGAGCUUUCAUUUUUACAUAAUGGAAAUUUAACUGUUAAGUUUUAAAACCUGAUAGUACAUUAGUAGUUUACCUAUUAAUAGGAUAAUCUGGGUACACUGAUAACAUUCUACAUAUAUGACUGUUACCAUGAGUAAUAUUUUGUGGUUGUUUAAGGUUUUUUUAUUGUUUGGUAUAACAAAUUAUCCAAGAAGCUGGACUUUGUGUAACAUAAUCUCCAAGGACCAAGCUGCAUAUUUAAAUACUAUGAAUGAAAAACAAGAGUUGUACAGUUUCAAAAACGUUACUUUUUUGAGGGAAUUUUUCAAGACAAAAAGCAAAUACUUUGUUUCAAGCCUAUAGGCAAAUUCACUGAAAGAUGUGAAUAUAGUUGUAAAACACUGCAGUUUCAAUAAAAAGUAUCCAGGCCAGUCAUUUGUUUAAUUACAUUCACAUUUUUAUAUUCACUUUGCCUUUCAAAGCAGGAAUAUUUUAUAAAAUUGAAAAAACUUAAAAUUGUCAAGCUGGUGCUUAAGGAUACAGAGUUUGAUUUAUACAAGUUUCAUUUCAAAGGAAGGGACCCUAAAAAGAGGGGUGUGGGGGGUUUCUUAGGUCUGUUGAUAAACUUAUUGAUGCGUUGUUGAGUCUUCCAUAUUUUCUGUAAAUAAUAUACCUAUACCUUACAAUGUAAUUUUGCUGUUUUCUGAUAGAAAAUUGAUGAAAUACUAACGUAUUAAAUUUAUUUCAUGAUAAAAGUUUUCACCGAUACUGUGAAAUCUUUCCUUUUCUCGCCUUGAAAAAUACCAUACUGAGUACAUCAUUGUAGACAUGGAGUAAGUGCAGAUGCACAUUACGGAAACUGCUUCUGGUCAGUUGUAUUAUGUAGAAACCAAUAGAUAGACCAAAUAAACUCUAUGCACAUCAA